AUGAAUGAUGUCAUAAGCUUGGUGGGGAUAUUCGGAACUAGUGGAAUUGGAAAAAAAUUGGAUAUUAAUGAUGUUGUUAAAGGAGCCAAUGUAAUUUGGCAUAGGCUUCAAUCUAAAAGGAUUCUACUAAUUCUUGAUGAUGUGGAUGACUUGGUCCAACUAGAAAAAUUAGCUGGUGAUCGUUCCUGGUUUGGUUCCGAAAGUAGAGUCAUCGUGAGGACUUUGGAUGACAAUGAAGCUCUUCAACUCAUUAGCUUGUAUGCUUUCAAGAAAAACGAACCACUUGAAGAUUACGUGGAUCUCUCUAAACAAGUGAUAAAAUAUGCUCGAGGUCUUCCACUAACUUUAACAGUGCUAGGUUCAGAUCUACAAGGUCGAAAUAUACAUCAAUGGAAAAGCGCAUUGGAUAAGUAUAAAAAAAUUCCCCACCGAGAAAUUCAGAGAGUGCUUCAAAUAAGUUAUGAUAGUUUGGAAGUUAGUGAGAAAGACAUGUUCCUUGAUAUUGCAUUUUUCUUCAAAGGAGAACCUUUGGCUAAGGUCAUGGAAAUAUUUGAUAGUUGCGGUUUUUCUCCAAUUCUUGGUAUCCAGAGGCUUAUGGAAAAGUGUCUUAUUUAUACUUUUAAUUAUGAAUAUUUUUGGAUGCACGACUUGCUACAAGAUAUGGGUCAAGAAAUUGUUCGAGAAAAAUCAGCCAAAGAUCUCAGCAAACGCAGCAGAUUUUGGUUUCACGAGGAUAUUCAUCAAGUGUUUGAAGAAGAUAUGAAUUUGAUGAUAAUGACUUUCUAUGGUUGUAAAUUGUUAAAAAAUAUUCUUGAUCUUUCAAGCGUCUCAAAUUUGAAAGAAUUGAUUGUCCAAUAUUGUAAAAGAUUAGUUGAGGUGCAUGAUUCGGUUGGAUCUUUGAAAAAUCUUUCCAGGUUGGAUUUUGAUGGAUGCUCUAAACUCCAAAUACUUCCAAGAAGCCUUAAGUUGAGAUCUUUAUGUGAGCUUAAUCUUGGGAGUUGCUCAAGCCUCCGUGAUUUUCCUGAAAUCGAGUGUAAAAUGGAAUGUUUAAGGAAAUUGAGUUUAUAUAGCAUUGCAGUAGAAGAACUCCCUUUAUCCAUCAGGAACCUCAUUGGACUUGAGACAUUAGAUCUAUUGGAUUGCAAAAACCUUAUGCGUCUCCCAAUUGCUUCCAUCCCAUUGAAAUAUUUACGCUGCUUUUGUAUGGGUGGACAUGAUUCCGUUGAUCUGCCUAAUGAUUCUACAACAAUGGAAGAUGAGAUAUCAAAUUCAAGAAAUGGGAGCACUGCAUUACAACCACUUUGGAUUCGUUAUCUCUAUCGAGACUUGAAAUUGUUAGCCUUUCCAAGAGCAUCAAAGAGUCUGUUACACUAA